GCAAACGGGUUUACGGGCUAAACAACCACUCAUAACUCAAUUUUUAUAUAAUAUAAUAUUAUAUAUAUUAAAAAAUAACAAGGAUUCCUAAAAGUAUAAUUCCACAUGGAAGGUUUUGAUGAUCCUGGUGUAUUUUUCUCGGACAAUUUCGGUGUAGAAGAAAAUGAAUCUCAAGAUCAAAUUAACCUACAAGCGGUUAAGAAAAAGUUCAAAGAGUUUAUUAGACAAUUUCAUACCGGAAAUUUUAAUUUUAAAUACAGAGAUUCACUCAAAAGGAACUAUAAUUUACGUCAAUAUUGGGUUGAAAUAAACAUAGAGGACUUAUCAAGUUUUGACGAAGUUUUAGCCGAGAAACUUUACAAAAAGCCAACAGAACAUUUGCCAAUUCUUGAAGAAGCUGCAAAAGAGUUGGUAGAUGAAUUAACUGCACCUAGACCAGAAGGAGAAGAGAAAGUAGAGGAUAUCCAAGUAUUGCUAUCAUCAGAUGCCCAUCCAUCGAACCUGCGGGAACUAAAAUCUGAAACAGUAUCGAGAUUAGUGAAGAUACCAGGAAUAGUAAUAUCAGCAUCGGGAAUAAAAGCGAAAGCCACCAAAAUAUCAAUUCAAUGUAGAUCUUGCCGUAACAUCAUACCCAAUUUAGCUGUGAAACCUGGUCUGGAAGGUUAUGUUAUGCCCAGAAAGUGUAAUACGGAGCAAGCUGGUCGUCCGAAAUGUCCACUUGAUCCAUACUUCAUUGUUCCAGACAAAUGUAAAUGCAUUGAUUAUCAGGUACUAAAAUUACAAGAAGCACCCGAGAACAUCCCACAAGGGGAGAUGCCACGUCAUUUAACAGUAUACUGUGAUCGCAUGUUGUGUGAGAGAGUUGCACCAGGUGCAAGGGUCACUGUGCUGGGUAUCUACUCCAUAAAGAAGAUCUCUAAAAUUGGGAGAGGAGAUCGCGAAAGAGGUUCAGUCGGUGUACGUUCAUCAUACCUACGAGCAGUGGGUCUCUCCGCCGAGGAAGGCGUCACAGGAGGGCUGAAACCCUUCACUGCUGAAGAAGAAGAACAGUUCAGGAGACUCGCUGCGUCACCGGAUAUUUACGAAAGAAUAGCUAAGUCAAUUGCACCUAGCGUAUUUGGUGCUGUUGAUAUGAAAAAGGCUAUUGCGUGUUUGCUUUUUGGAGGUUCUCGCAAAAGGUUGCCCGAUGGUUUAACAAGGAGAGGGGAUAUCAAUAUCCUUUUACUCGGUGACCCUGGUACAGCUAAAUCACAAUUGUUAAAGUUUGUGGAAAAAGUAGCUCCCAUUGGAGUGUAUACUUCUGGCAAAGGAUCAAGUGCGGCUGGUCUCACUGCUUCGGUUAUCAGAGAUCCUGGUAGUCGUAAUUUCGUAAUGGAAGGCGGCGCGAUGGUGCUCGCGGACGGUGGUGUGGUGUGCAUCGACGAGUUCGACAAGAUGCGUGAAGACGACAGAGUCGCUAUACACGAGGCUAUGGAACAGCAGACUAUAUCUAUUGCUAAGGCUGGUAUAACAACGACUCUUAACUCGCGCUGCUCCGUAUUAGCCGCAGCAAACUCAGUGUUCGGUCGGUGGGACGACACCAAAGCAGAUGACAAUAUUGACUUCAUGCCCACUAUCCUUUCGAGAUUCGACAUGAUAUUCAUUGUAAAGGAUGAACAUGACCAGAAUAGAGAUAUUACACUAGCCAAGCACAUAAUCUCCGUGCACAUGGGCGGCUCGUCCCUCGAGCGCGAGGGCGCAGAGGGCGAGCUACCGCUUGCGUUAGUUCGCCGCUACUCCGCGUACUGCCGCGCGCGCUGCGGGCCGCGCCUGUCCGCGCCCGCAGCCGACCGCCUCGCCGCGCGCUACGUGCUCAUGCGCUCCGGCGCGAGUGCGCAGGAGCGGCAGGCGGACAAGCGGCUGUCCAUACCGAUCACUGUGAGGCAACUAGAAGCCAUAGUGCGCAUAUCAGAGUCUCUGGCCAAAAUGCAGCUGCUGCCGUUCGCGACGGAAGCGCACGUGAGCGAGGCACUGCGGCUCUUCCAGGUCUCGACUUUGGACGCUGCUAUGACUGGCAGUUUAUCAGGUGCAGAAGGAUUCACAACUGAGGAGGACCAAGAAAUGCUUUCGCGAAUAGAGAAACAAUUGAAACGCAGGUUCGCAGUGGGUUCCCAGGUCUCUGAACAAACUAUUAUACAGGACUUCCUUCGACAGAAGUACCCAGAGAGAGCCAUUUUUAAAGUGAUACACACUAUGAUACGGCGAGGGGAACUACAGCAUCGCUUGCAAAGGAAAAUGCUGUAUAGAUUAUCAUAAGUGUUUUGUUUUUUUGGUUAAGUUUAUUUGAUAAGAUUGCUGGUUCCCUCUAGUUUGACAUAAAUUUGCAUUCGUUGACGCCUUUAAUUUAAAAUGUUCAAUUUUCAUUAAUUUUAAUCAUUAAAUACAAAUUAGGAGAAUAAAAUAAACAAUUCUGUAUGUAUAAUCAAGACUGAAUAAAUUGGCCAAUUCAAUUUGUUGUGAGAUAAAUAAAAAUCGUGAUUUUUUAAAA